AUGAGUCUGUCUAGCUUUGAAUUAACAUUUGUGUAUCUGGACUAUUGGGAUUUUAGUUGUGUAGAUUCCGAUAUGAGUGUAAGAAGUUCACAAGUUUCCUUAACCAAUGAGAUGCCUGGAAAAUAUGUCUGUGAGUUUUGUCCGAAACGUUUCCGUGAUAAUUGGAAGUUACAGACACAUCGUAGAGUACAUACAGGAGAACGUCCUUUCAAAUGUCGGUUUUGUGAGCGAAAGAAAGUAGACAGUACAAAGACUGGGAAACAUGGAUGUGACUUUUGUGACAAAAGUUUUCCCACUAACUGGAAACUACAGACACACAGGAGAAUUCACACCGGAGAAAAACCGUUUAUUUAUCAUAAAAAAGGGGAUAUAGAUAACCCUAAUAACUAUAGAGAACCUGCUAUGAGACAAGGACCCGCUGAUACAUCGGGAAAGUUAAAGAGAAUAUGUAUGAUAUGUGAUAAAGCGUUCCGUGACAACUGGUACCUGCAGAGACACAUGAGAUCUCACACCGGAGAAAAACCGUUCACGUGUAAAUACUGCGACAAAGCUUUCAAACAGAAAGGACAUUUGAGAUUAUACAAGAAUGACCAAACAUGGCUAGUUAUAGUGGCAGGAUUAAACAAUAAUGACGGAACAUGGCUAGUUAUAGUGGCAGGAUUAAACAAGAAUGACCAAACAUGGCUAGUUAUAGUGGCAGGAUUAAACAAGAAUGACCAAACAUGGCUAGUUAUAGUGGCAGGAUUAAACAAGAAUGACCAAACAUGGCUAGUUAUAGUGGCAGGAUUAAACAAGAAUGACCAAACAUGGCUAGUUAUAGUGGUAGGAUUAAACAAGAAUGACCAAACAUGGUUAGUUAUAGUGGCAGGACUUAACAAGAAUGACCAAACAUUGCUAGUUAUAGUGGCAGGAUUAAAUAAGAAUGACCAAACAUGGUUAGUUAUAGUGGCAGGAUUAAACAAGAAUGACGGAACAUGUCUAGUUAUAGUGGCAGGAUUAAACAAAAAUGACGGAACAUGGCUAGUUAUAGUGGCAGGAUUAAACAAGAAUGACGGAACAUGUCUAGCUAUAGUAGCAGGAAUAAACAAGAAUGAUCAAACAUGGCUAGUUAUAGUGGCAGGAUUAAACAAGAAUGACCGAACAUGUCUAGUUAUAGUGGCAGGAUUAAACAAGAAUGACCAAACAUGUCUAGUUAUAGUGGCAGGAAUAAACAAGAAUGAUCAAACAUGGCUAGUUUUAGUGGCAGGAUUAAACAAAAAUGACGGAACAUGGUUAGUUAUAGUGGCAGGAUUAAACAAGAAUGACGGAACAUGUCUAGUUAUAGUGGCAGGAUUAAACAAGAAUGAUCAAACAUGGCUAGUUAUAGUGGCAGGAUUAAACAAGAAUGACCAAACAUGGCUAGUUAUAGUGGCAGGAAUAAACAAGAAUGAUCAAACAUGGCUAGUUAUAGUGGCAGGAUUAAACAAGAAUGACGGAACAUGGCUAGUUAUAGUGGCAGGAUUAAACAAGAAUGACCAAACAUGUCUAGUUAUAGUGGCAGGAUUAAACAAGAAUGACCAAACAUGGCUAGUUAUAGUGGCAGGAUUAAACAAGAAUGACCAAACAUGGUUAGUUAUAGUGGCAGGAAUAAACAAGAAAAGUUUGUUUCCCUUUACACACAACAUUUUUAUAUCUUUAGAAUGAAUUGGUGAGGACGGGUUUAGUGUUAAGGAUGUAAAAUUAGCAAAAAUUAGUAUAAAAAAUGCAUAGUUGACUUAUAAUUUCAUUUUAUUUAUGAUAUCUCUUUUUAUCAAUUGGAUUGUUGACUUAUUUAUAAAACUUUAAGAAUGUUAUAACUUUGUUUCUUAGGACCAGAUUUAAAGCAUUUUUCUAUGAUUUACAUUUCAUGAAUUGAUCAUUUGUAAGUGUAUAUAAACAUAUAAUUUUUGAUAAAUGCCCCUCCCCUUAUAAACGAAGUCCUAUAUUUACAAAAUUUAAAAUGGCUGUUUUUUCUAUUAUAUAUUAUCUAGGAAAAAAUAACUCAGAAACAAUAAACUUCUGUUUUGAUUUGACAAUAUCUAACUUUCAUUUUACUCUAUACUUAAUUCCACUCUUUUGGAAAAUGUCCCUGUGGGCUUUUAUUACAGAAUAUAUGGUAAUUCUUAAUUUAUCAUAAUCAGUAUACAGCAUAUUGUAUUUACUUUUACUCUUGAAUCUUGAUUGUAUGCAUUCAUUUUUGAAUGUGAAGAAGUCUCUUAAUUGUAUAAAAUGUAAUUGUUUUAUUCCAACCUGCUGAAAACUUAGCCUUGGCUACAGAUAUAUAACCAACCUGCUGAAAACUUAGCCUUGGCUACAGAUAUAUAAUCUGCCUGCUGAAAACUUAGCCUUGGCUACAGAUAUAUAACCUGCCUGCUCCAGGAACCAUAACCUGUGCCACCGGUGUAGAACCCGGCUAGUCUACCUUUAUGUGUCCAGUGUCUAUUCUAGGAGAGGGGAUUCAAUCCUAAUUUUGAUAAUUCCCCCAUACAUUGGGGUGAAAAUUUUACAUAGAGAAAGAAUGAAAAAAAAAUGAGUAAAUGUUAUGGAUUCUCACUUUAUGAUAAGCCCGCCCCCCUUCCCUGUUUUUCAAAUCCUAGAAUAGACACUGCAGUGUCUGACCAGGCUCUAAACUGAUUAAACAUAAUACUUGUUUUUUGACAAUGAGUCCCCUUCAUUUUCAAAUGAACUAUACCAGCAUUCAAGCAUGUAAAUCCGUUGAAAAAAAAUUUAGCAGCUUAAAUGUUAACAUUUUAAUGUUUCAAAGAAAUGUUUAUAUCAGAAUAAUAUAGUAUAAUAUCUGUGUAUAUUUGAUGUUUCUGUGUAUGUUGUGAAGUUGUUGUCUUUAUAAAAAUAAAGAUAAAGAAUCUUGUAACUCUCUUUGUUUCAUUUUUAGAAAUAUUAAAUAUAUCCAAGAUUUUAAAUGGUUUAAGUUGCCUUUGGCGUUAUGAUGAGGCCUUAACUGUGUUCACAUGAUUUUAUGGUUAAUACAGUUUCUAAAAAACAUGUUAUUAACAUCCUGUAUGUUAUAAAUAAUAAAUUGUGAUGUUAAUGAAACUUAUAGUUUUAAUCAUUUAAUGAUAUACUUUCUACAGUUCAAUAUCUGAAAUGAUUGAUAUCCCCCAG